UGCCCCGCCCCUCCCCUUCUCGGUAGAUGGGGGUGAUAUUGUGGAAUGGCUUCCCCUAGAUUCCAGUCGUUUUGCUGUGUCCACCAAGACACCGCCUCCGCUGGAAUCGCGAGUUUGAACACGGCUGCCUAUCAUCGGCUCAGCGUGGCCUGCGCGUCGCUGUCGCUGAUCGGGGUGGGGGUCCACAACCUGCCCAGACUGUGGAGCGAGUACCGGCGGCGGCGGCGGCUGAAGCGAGCCGCCCCCCCGCGCCCUGGGAGUCAGGACCGGGUAGCCUUCAUCAUCACAGCCUGUAACUUUGUCGGCUGCGCCGGAAUCCUGGUGCGGUCCGCCGUGUGGCUGGCUGGCCCCAUCUCCUUUACCCAGCAGGCACUGCCCAGUGAGCAGACCGCAUGGCUCGGGAGUUUCUGCGUCCUCAGCUCGCUGUGGAUCCAGUUCUUCCUGCAGGGCGCUCAGGUCUGGUGGACGCUGUUUUAUGCCAUCGAGGUGUAUCAGCAGGUACAGGAAUCCACCACACUGCGUUUGAUGAUUCUUUAUCACAUGCUGUCCUGGGGACUGUCUGCCAUCAUCUGUGUUCCUGGAUUGUCUCUCCUGCUCCAGACUCCAGUCUCCAGCUGUGAGAGGAAUCUGAAGUAUGCAAUCCCUCACUAUCUCGCCACGUACCUGCCUCUCCUCCUCGUGCUACUGGCCAACCCACCCCUUCUGUCGAGGGCCCUGGCUUCAGUGUCGACGCUCCUGAAGCAGCAGAGCGGCUCCUACACUGCCAGUGAGAGGCUCCAGAUGAAAAACAUCAGGCAACGCUUCGUGAAGAUCAUGGCCACCUUUACCGUGUGCUGGCUGCCCAACCUCCUCAGCGAGGCACUGCUGCUCCUAAUAGACAUGGACCGUGCCUGGAGCUCCCCCCCCUCACAGGCCCUGCGAUCAGCAGCCCUCACCACUUGGGCGCUCACGGCUGUUCUGAACCCCAUGUACGCCUUCCUCCAGUCCCUUGCUUUCCACGAGUGGAUGGGCUGCGAUCUCAAUGUUUGCACAUGGGGGCGCUAUUGCAAGGUGGAGCAGUGCUGCUGCAGGGGAAAGAGAGAGAAGGAAGAGGAAGAGACAGAGACAGAGAGCGAGUCGGAGGUUACUAUGGAAAACAUCCUCAAACCCCAGAGCACGGUCAGACCGUGGGAGUCUCUUAAUAGACAGGUCCAGCAGCCUGCCUCUCAGUCAGGUUGCAGCAGCUCAGACGUGGAGGGCAAGGCGCUCUGGCUGGUCUCGGCUUGCUGCUCCAAGAGCUCCCUGCUGGCAGCAGAACAGCAGCUGAGGGCAAAGAGGACCCAAGCCUUGACUGGACUAAGGGCUUAAACAUGCUGGGCUCUGAGGCUGGACAGCACUCGACCACGGACCGGACAGGAAUGUAUAUCAUAAGAAAACUGAAUUUAUUAUAUAAUGUAAUCCCUUACUGUUUCUCCUACUUGAAGGGUGGUGUGAAAUCUGUACUACUUUUGUCCUAGCAAGGAGCUUCUUAUUUGUAGUGCGGGAUCACUGACAACACAAAUUCUUGAGGUAAUGCUUAGGAAACCUUAAAAACUGAACCUUUAUCUUGUAAAUGUUUUCUGUAUUCUAAUGAAUUAUUGUCCUAACAGAAUGCAGAAUAAAUACAAAAGCGUUCUUCACUGCCCUCUACUGGAG